CUGGCCUGAGAUGGGAGCGCACACAGCAGCACCAUCAUCACGGCCGAAGAAACGGGAUAAAGCUGGAAAAGAACAUACAAAAAAAACAACAAUACCACAUUAGUGCCGUGUGGGGUGGAGGGGAAAAAAAUGGGAUAACGAAACAAUUCAUUUACUUCUACCGGAUCCCAGCAGCUUUUUGAUCGCGUCCUCUGAGGAACUCAAAUGUUGUCGUCGCCUGCGUUUUGCGCUUUUUAUCCAUUCUCCUUGAGCGCCGCUGGUACAAAGGCGCUCGGUCCGGAGCAGCAGCACCUGGGAUUACUGCCGUAUGAAUGGGAAAGAGUGAACGGACCUGAUAAGCCCGGAAUGUUAGACACAGACAGUGAGUAAGCCGCAGGAUUUAAAGACUUUCUUAUUUUUUUCCCCCUCUCCCCGGGAGCCGGAUCGGCAGUGGCAGACUGUCAUUGUGUCGAGGCUGAGAAAUUAAAGAAAUUCUCCUCGUGAAAAGUGGCCUUUUCUGGAAUAAUGCAUGAGAAAGACGAGCUCUAUUACAGCUUUCUUUUCCUUUUCAUGCCUCACGCAUUCCCAGCUCUUCCUCUGGCCGAGCAACCGGCUCCUCUUGUUCAGAAUGGGAUGUAUUGUUGCAUCUGCGCAACCCACGGCAAGUGUCAGCAAUUAGACUGUGUGUUUCUGAACGGGUUACCUAAAGGCCUGUUAUAAACACUGCUUUCUAACUGUAGGGGGGCCAUUGUUGUCGAUAAGGAUUCUGUGGUGAGCUGGACUUUUAAAAAAAAAGAAAAGAAAGGGGGACUAACAGUGCGCCCUUGGCACCAUUCAGCCAGUGUGUGUGUUUGUGUGAACCACAAUCCGUCUCAGAGAGAAAUUUGGCAUAAUAUGGUGGAGCCGGUUGGUUUCAUCGAAGCGUGGAAGGCGCAGUUCCCGGAGUCAGAGCCCCCCAAGAUGGAGCUGCGUUCUGUUGGAGGCAUCGAGCAGGAGCUGGAGAAGUGCAAAGCGUCCAUCAGGCGCUUGGAGCAGGAGGUGAACAAGGAGCGCUUCCGCAUGAUCUACCUGCAGACCCUCCUGGCCAAGGAGAGGAAGAGCUAUGACAAGCAGCGGUGGGGCUUUAGGAAGACUCCUCUGAACGAGGGGGUGGAUGCUGCCACGCAGGGUGCCGAGUGCCAGUCCCAGCAGCCGCACAUGCAGGAGACAGGUGGAGUUGGAGUAGUAGUAGGAGGUGUUGGUGGUGGAGGGUAUGGUGGUUGCAGUGGGGGUGUUGGGGAUAGGAGCCGUUAUCAGCCUCUUGGAGAUGGAACUGGCAGGUCUAAACCCAGGCCUCCACCAGCCAGGAAGUCAGCCUCCCACGGAGAUGGCUUGGAGUCGGCAUUCGAGGUACCCCAGCAGGCCGAGUCCAUGUCCUGCGACAACCUAGAUGGCCUCUCGCCGUCCAAACAGAGAAGCGGCAUCUCUGUCUCCCCGCGCAGGCCCAACCUCCCGCCUCCUGACAAGGAGCUGCCCUCAGACCCCAAGGGGAUGGGACUUGGCGUGGCGGCACUUAGGUCCAACUUUGAGAGGAUCAAACGAGCCAACUCUCACUCUGCGGGCGAUGUAGCAAAGGGCCAGGAGAAGCAGCUGCCGCCGCCGCCACCACCGUUCUACUCCAACAUGGAAUUCCACCACGAGAGGGGUCUGGUCAGGGUCAACGACCGUGAAGUUUCUGACAAGAUCAGCACCUUGGGCAGCCAGGCCAUGCAGAUGGAGCGAAAAAGAUCCCUUCACUCCCUCCCAGGUAACCUGGCAACGGUGGCAGGGGAGCUCCGCGCCAGGCCAGUGUAUAGAGGUCGGUCCACUGAGAGCACCUGCGGCUAUGAUGCGGAGUAUGAAGAUGGGGAACCCAACCAGCGACAUUCGGGGAGGGCCAAUGGUGGCAAACCUCCACCCCCUCCAUGGCAGCCCUCUGAGUUCCAGGCCUACUCCAGUGUCUAUGUUGGUGGGGUGAUGAUGGGGGAAGGUGGCGGUGGAGAUGGGAGAGGUAGUGGUGGAGGUGGCAGUGGCGUCACAAUGAGGGACCUCGGGGGAGGGGAUGACCACCUCCUGACCUGGCCGCGCCGCUCCUACUCCCCAGGGAGCUUUGAGGAUGUCGGUGGAGGCGGCGGCUACACGCCGGACUGCAGCUCCAACGAGAACCUGACAUCUAGCGAAGAGGACUUCUCCUCAGGUCAGUCCAGCCACGUCUCACCCAGCCCCACCACGGCCUUCCGCCGACCCUUUAGAGAGAAGAGCCGCUCGCCGUCCCAAAACUCCCAGAACUCCCAGCACUCCUUUGACAGCAGCAGCCCUCCAACGCCGCAGUCCCAGAAGCGUCACCACCGACAGCAGGGGGGCCACGUGGUUAUGUCUGAGGCCACUAUUGUGAGCGUUCGCAAGACCGGUCAAAUCUGGCCACCUGCAGCCCAUCAUGACCUCGUGCCCCAUGGUAGAACAUCCCACGACAACAGUUUCCAUGGAGACCACCUAGAUGGUCAUUUCACCGGGACCCCUCCCACGUACGGUUACGAUGCAGACCGCGCAGAGGAGCAGCGGAGGCAUCAUGACAUCUUGCCAUACAUCGAUGACUCGCCAUCAUCUUCACCGCACCUCAGCUCCAAGAGCCGCAGCAGUCGGGACACCCUGUCCUCUGGAUCGUUAGAGUCGUCCAAGUCGACUGAAUGUGACCUGGAAAAAGGUUUAGAGAUGAGGAAGUGGGUUCUCUCUGGGAUCCUGGCCACUGAGGAAACAUACCUCAGUCACCUGGAGGCACUGCUGCUGCCCAUGAAGCCUCUGAAGGCCGCAGCUACAACAUCACAGCCUGUGCUCACCGUUGCCCAGAUAGAAACGAUCUUCUUCAAAGUGCCUGAGCUCUACGAGAUCCACAGGGAGUUCUAUGACGGACUGUUGCCCCGCGUCCAGCAGUGGAGCCACCACCAGAGAGUCGGGGACCUCUUCCAGAAACUGGCCAGCCAGCUAGGAGUUUACAGAGCGUUUGUGGACAACUAUGAGCUGGCUGUAGAGACGGCGGAGAAGUGCUGCCAGGCUAACACACAGUUUGCUGAAAUCUCUGAGAACCUGAAAGUGAGAAGCCCAAAGGACUCUAAGGACCAGACGGCCAAGAACUCUCUAGAGGCUUUGCUAUAUAAACCAGUGGAUAGAGUGACUCGCAGCACGUUGGUACUUCAUGACUUGCUCAAACAUACGCCCACCAGCCACCCAGACCACCCGCUUCUGCAGGACGCCCUGCGGAUCUCCCAGAACUUCCUGUCCAGCAUCAAUGAGGAGACGACGCCCCGACGCCAAUCUAUGACUGUCAAGAAGGGAGAGAACCGCCAGCUUCUGAGGGACAGUUUCAUGGUGGAGUUGGUGGAGGGAGCCAGGAAGCUGCGGCAUGUCUUCCUCUUCACUGAUCUGCUGCUCUGCGCCAAGCUGAAGAAACAGAUCGGAGGUAAAAACCAACAGUAUGACAGUAAGUGGUACAUCCCCCUGACUGAGCUGACCUUCCAGGGCCCCGAGGAGACCGAGCCCCUCACUAUCCCCCAGGUCCCCGAUGAAGAGCUCGACGCCAUGAAGGUCAAGAUUUCCCACCUCCGUAGUGAGAUCCAGAGAGAGAAGAGAGCCAACAAGGGUUCAAAAGUCAUUGACCGUCUCAGGAAGAAGUUGUCUGAGCAGGAGUCUCUGCUCCUGUUAACGUCUCCGAGCAUGCCCCUCAGAGUCUACAACAAAAAUGGCAAGGGUUACAGUUUCCUGAUUUCGUCUGACUAUGAACGCGCAGAGUGGAGGGAGAUCAUCAAGGAACAGCAGAAGAAAUGUUUUAAAACUUCCUCCUUGACUUCUAUGGAGCUGCAAAUGUUGACCAGCUCCUGUGUCAAGCUGCAAACUGUCCACCACAUCCCACUGAGCAUCAAUAAAGAAGAGGAUGAAUCCUCCGGUCUCUACGGGUUCCUGAAUGUAAUUGUCCACUCUGCCUCCGGCCUCAAACAGAGCUUGAAUCUCUACUGCACAUUGGAGGUGGAUUCCUUUGGCUUCUUUUCAAAUAAAGCUAAGACGAGAGUGUAUCGGUACACUACUGAACCCAAAUGGAACGAGGAGUUUGAGAUUGAGCUGGAGGGCUCUCAGACCCUGAGGCUGCUCUGCUACGAGAAGUGUUACAACAAGACUAAGCAGAACAAAGAGGAUGGAGAGAGCGCAGACCGCAUCAUGGGGAAAGGACAGAUCCCGCUUGACCCCCAGCCUCUCCAAGGCAAAGACUGGCAGAGAACAGUUAUUCCCAUGAACGGGAUCGAGGUUAAACUUUCCAUGAAGUUCACCAGCCGAGAGUUCAGCCUGAAGAGGAUGCCCUCACGGAAACCUAUGGGUGUGUUCGGAGUCAAGAUCUCCACAGUGACUAAGCGAGAGCGCUCCAAGGUGCCCUACAUUGUCCGGCAGUGCCUAGAGGAGAUUGAAAGGAGGGGUAUAGAGGAGGUGGGCAUCUACAGAGUAUCGGGAGUCGCCACUGACAUCCAGGCCUUGAAGACCGCCUUUGACACCAAUCACAAAGAUGUGUCAGUGAUGAUGAGCGAGAUGGACGUUAAUGCCAUCGCUGGGACCUUGAAGCUGUACUUCAGAGAGCUGCCAGAACCGCUCUUCACUGAUGAGCUCUACCCCAAUUUUGCAGGCGGCAUCACCCUGUCCGAUAGUGUUGCCAAAGAGAGCUGUAUGUUGAACUUACUGCUGUCGCUGCCUGAACCCAACCUGGUCACAUUCCUUUUCCUUUUGGAUCACCUAAAGAGGGUGGCAGAGAAGGAAAGUAUCAAUAAGAUGUCCCUCCACAACCUGGCAACGGUUUUUGGGCCAACCUUGCUGAGGCCUUCCGAGAAGGACAGCAAGAUCCCGGCUAACCCCACCCAACCCAUCAGCAUGGGGGACAGCUGGUCCCUGGAAGUUAUGGCACAGGUCCAGGUGUUGCUGUAUUUCUUGCAACUGGAGACGAUCCCCACCCCAGACAGUAAACGACAGAGCAUCCUUUUCUCCACUGAAGUAUAGAGCUAAUAUUGACUCUGCCGACGUGAGAGUUUGACCAUGAAGGAGUGAAAUAGAGAAGGACCUUGGCUCAAAGUGAGCCUAUAGUAGUGUGUUUUUGAAUUGACUGACCAGAUUCCUGGAAAGGAUUGUUUCUAGCGAUGCCUGCCCCCUCAAACAAAAGAGGGCGCCAUUGGGCCUCUGACGCUCAGAGGACGUGAGGUCCUUCCAGUUGGUAUCUCUCAUUACCUGAUAUUUAGUGUGAUUCCUUGUACCUUCAUUGCUUAUGUAGGUACACCUGCCAUCUACAUUUGUCCACCUUGUUCUCUGUUGGUCAUUGACCUUUACAGCUUGUAGACGGUUGUGGUUCAUAAAUCAAGAAAUGGUCAAAAUCAGUCCAUAAGAUUGAUUCUUGAUUCUUGAAUUAGUUUGCCAACCAAUCAGAGUUUCCAUGUACCUUUGUGUUUGGGCAUUGUUCUCUAUCUGUGUUUAUUUUGGACAAUCAUCAGCUCAAGAUUGCAAAAUAUCCAUCUCAAACAUUGCUUCAUGUCCUGUUGAGGAAAAUUCUAACCGUGUCUUACAUAAUCUUAGCACAUUGUUUCUGGGAAGACAUUUGUGCCGUUUGCGUGAGUUGAAAACAAACAUCCAGAGCUGCCACCAUACUGGCUUUUUUUUCUUUGUGUCAGUUAAAGCCAACACCUGUACGUUGAAAGUGUUGACAACGUAAACAAACCCCUGUUGGAGUCAGAGAACAGCGAUACAGCUUGAAGUGGGACUGUAAGAAGAAAAAAAAAAAGGAACCCAAUGAUUAGUAAUACACUGCAAUUUGACUACCUGCGGUUUUUCCGAUCAUAAAAGAAAAUUUCCCCCUAUUUGUGUCGUUGGUGUCUCAAGGUAGUCUUCAGCUUAAAUAUCCAGGAAGCAAUAUAUUUUCUAACAUAGGAAUUUGUCUGUGGUCAUAUCUUUGCUGACGACAUGUCCUACUUAUUGUAACAUAGGACAUCUUGCCAAAUUAAUAUGUUGUUUGUUUGUUUCUAGGAGAAAAGGAAGCAGUUGUAUUUACAGAUACAGUAUGUACAUAAUCUUAAAGUUGUAUUUUUUUUUUCUUUUUGGUUUAACAGUAUAAUCAUUGUUGCAAUUAUUGUAAUUUAUUUUGGGGGGCCAGGGAGGAGAAAUUGGUAUGUUUUUCUAUGUGAACUUUUUUUUCGGUUUGAUUAAGAAAGUGUUAGGUCUUAGCCUUGACUUCAAGUCUUGCAGUAAAUAAGCAGGAUUUAGCCUUGUUCUUAUAGAAACUACUCUGCUGUUCUGUCCAGCCUAUCAAUUUAUGAUUCAUUUAGAUAUUAUAAUAAAGGUAACACACACAUUGUAGUUACAUACUGUAUGCUGCUGUGGAAAAGGCACAAGCUCUUUAACUGCUGGGUGUUCCUCAGCAGAACGUCUCACAUCCAGAGACCAUCGCCUGUCUAGUGUAGACAUUAUGCAAUGUCAUAAUACAGCACACACAUACACACACACAUAUGACAUUGUCUCUUUUUGUACCAUUUAAUCUGUGGCUGCAGAAGUGCACUCAUGCAAUGUUAGAACUACUGUAUAACAAUUUAAGUGACCUGAGCACUCAGCGUUUAUGUCCAUCGAAGAGCAUAUUUGUUGGUUUAAAUGAAGGAAUAUUGUGUAUUAUUGUUUCAUCUCCUCCCAAGUCUUUUUUUUUUUUAUUUAUCUCAUGCAUAUGGAAAAAUGUCUGAAUAAUUCUUUGUCCCUUUAACUGCUCUUCAUAUCGUUACACUAACUCAAUGACCAAUUUAAAGGAAAGCUCUUAAAUCUUAAAUUUCUGUCUUUGGUUUAACAUGCAGGCAUGUUGUAUUUUUUUACUUUUUGGUCUUGUUAUUGCUGUCUUGUUCACAAAUAUAUCAUCACAGACUUUGGGAUGUUGGUAAGUUUUGAGUAUCUGGUUUACAUUAUUAGAGCAUGUGCUUUUCUGGCCAGUUUAAAGGAUAGAUUCAUAAUUUUUCACAUCUGUCUCAAAACAGUAGUCAGGUCACCAUAUGCACACUGCAACAGGUUUAGCUUGUGGUAAUCAUUCCUCGUGUUCAUACUGGCCAUUGCUUGACAUUGGAAGCACAUUAGGAAGGGUUCUUUUAAUGCCAGUAUGAACAAGACGAAUGAUUACAGCAAGCAAAACCUGUUUCUAUGUUUAUAUUGGCAUCUAGCUAUUGUUUUAAGACAGAAUAAAAUGUGAAUUUGUCAUUUAAGGUUAGAUAUCACAGUUGGUUUCCCAUAUAUAUCUUAGGCUUAAAACUAUAACCAGUUGACUAAUUUAGUGGAUCUGAUAAGGGCUUGUGUGUGGUUCUGUCCAUGUUAAAGAUAACACACAGGGGCAUGUUUGAGUAGCCUAAAUGUUAUUAAUAACAAAUGUUAAGUUUUUAACAUAAAUGUCUUUAGACUUUUAAAAGCAAGAGGAGUCUUUCCUUUUGGAUACAUAUCAACUCUCUUAAUGUCAAGACAUUUACACUCACUUUGCACAUGAUAAUAUAGAUAAAACACCAUAAUUGUAUCAACCCCAUAAAUAACAAUGUCGAGAUCUUAUUCUGAAAGUGUUAAUGCUGCCAUUUUUUUUUUUUAACUGUACUUCCACUACUUUUGGCCUACUAUAGCAUGCAAAUGUUGUUUUUGACAGAGAAUGAAUUCACCGUUCAUUCAUUCAUUCAUUCUUCCAUCACCUUUAUAACAAGUCCCAAUUGCCUACACUACUACACUACCCUAUCGUGCCUCAACACUUUUUUUGUUUAGCGCCUGUGGUACUCUGAACGUCAGUGGAAACGUUGUUCAGUCUCCUGUUGCCUUUGCUGAGGACAGCCACACACCUUUCAUCUCUUCAAGACUAAGACAGGACCUUAAACUUAAGCAUGGUCUUAGGUUGUACCGUACAUGCCCAUUCCACUUGCCACACUCAUCUGACUGAUGCUGUAAUUCAAACUGUGUUAAAGUCAGUCUUAAUGGGGCAAAGGGAAGCAUUUCUUGCCCUUUAGCUCUUAAAGUUUCAGCUCCUUUAAUGCCUUUUAUUCUUAUUUAUUUAUGCUUAGCCCCUGUAUGAGACGGUCUACUUGAGCUAUUUAUUUAUGAUAUAAUAUCAUCUAAAGCUAAAUUAAUGUUGAAAAAAAAUGGUCUUUAUACGGUUUCUUCGGGAAAUGUCUGUUUAUCAGCUUUUGUUCAUCGGACAUCCUUAAAGUUUGUCACUAUUUUGUCCCAGAAUUACAACCACUGUGUGCAACUGCAAACAUCUUUUAACCCCCUACUCCUGCAUUAUCGGCUCAUCUCUGUAGUUACUUGUGUCGUACAACAGACUGGCCACUGUGAUUGUUUAGCUAUCUGAAGAUAACUGAAUAGCAGGUGCAGGUUCUUGUCAGUUUAAAAGGUAGAUUUUGUGAGUUAACAUAACUCUUACUUUUCCAUGGAGUUGUAUAAUAUGUAUUAUACUAGAGAGUACACUAUUUGGUUGCCGUUUUAUUUAUUGUGGCGUCCACUGACGUAUGAUCGUUAAGGAUUGAGCUGGUACGCCUCUAGUCUCUUUGAAAAGCUGUCAGUAUGUGGUAGAGGAGAAAAGAGUCUUAUAUUGCUCUAAAAUCUGCAUUGUUUUGGUCUGUUGAUUGUCAGUGUAAAUGCAUGUACCCUCCAUAACCUCAGUUGUUUAGUUCUGUACAUGAAAAAGUAAAUACAGCAAAGAAGGUUUAAUUUUCCUGAAGAUAUGGAACAUAUUGCUCUAUAUGAAAGUUACAAAUCUCUUCUGUUUAUUGUAUAUGACCCUGGUAGCUAUCACUACAUUUCCAUACUAUAGUUAAUACUUUCAAAUGACCCUCUGCUGCCACUUCUUAAACAUCAAGCUGACAUUAAAUUCGACUACUUUAACCUUUGGAAAUAGCUUUGUUUUAUUUUGACACAUAACCUAAAGCUGAGGAUGAGACUUGUUGACCAACCACAAACACUUUCUCUUUUUACCUUCCUCAAUUUUUUGACUCUUAUUCCUGUUCAAUAUUCAAUGUUCUGCUUGUAGAACUGUAAAAAGGAAUACUGUAUUCUGAGGGCAAACAUGUUUGGAAGGCAUUUGCAGCCUAUGUUUGUACACAAAAAUGUUAAAUAAAAUCUCCUUGUAUCUACAAAA